CGCAGUGUGUAUUCCUGAAAUGCCUGUCUAUGUUUAAACCCGACUGGACGGAUGGAGACUAUAGAACUGACAGCCUGAGACUUUCACAUGAUUUGGAUGAUUGUGCUGCGUUAAUUAAAGAGGGGGACAUUUGACCGAUGCCAACAUCCAGAGAGCGUCUGUGCCCAUGCCAGCGUGUGCGGUGAAGUUGGAUUGCGGAUUGCUUAUUAAAUCGAGCUUGAAACCUGAUCAGAUCCAUUCGACACCGCGGAUGUGUGUGUGUUGAUUCUUCUGUUGUGCUUUGUACAGAUGCAUUUCUCUCGUCUGUGCCACCUGCCAGGGAUCCAUGCAAAAUAAUUACACGAGUUAAGGGGAAGCGUUUAUUUUUAAUGUGAUUUACGCUGAUUCGCCUGAAGGUUACAGACAAUGAAGUGACGAUACUUGCGACUUAUUUCAGUGAACAUCCUAAAGACUUCGGUGGGAUAAUCGCUGAUAAUUGACGAGAACAAUCAGUAAGGGUUCGCAUUAUUGUCGGUCCAGAAGCAUAAGAGUUCAGUUCUUUAAACUCCACUUUGCAGCACUGUAAACAAAUGGUCUCCAAUUUGUUCUUGUAACCUCAAAAUGUGCUUCAGAUUUUAUUCGAGUUAAAAUAUGAUUAAUAUGACAGAAUCAACUUGACCACAUCAAGUUAUUCCAAGUCAUUUUAAGGGUCAGAUCAGGUAGAAUUAGUUCUAUAAAGUAAAAACUGAAACUGACAGUGCAGGGAACUUACAGGAACGUGUUGUGGAUGCUGGAAGACCAUUGUGAAGAUGUUAUGUGUACUAUUAUAGCUGCACCUGAUGUUUGUUUUUGGAGGGAUUUUUGAAACCCCUUUCUAGUGUUUUCACCGUUACCCCACAUGCGCCACCAACACACCUGACCAAGGGCGUGAAGUUCCUCAACUCCUCCUAAAGUCUCAGGAUUUGAUUUAUUAAAACGUUUUGGGAGGAAACCCUUAAGAGCCAUGGAUCUUAAGACUGAAUCUGAUGACAACCUAGACUGUGAGCAGCCCGCGCCCAUUGAGGUUUUCGCCAGCAGGUCCACGCUGCAUGGCAUCUCGCACAUGUUCAGUUAUGAACGCCAGUGCAUUAAACGAUGCAUCUGGAUCAUAUUUUUCCUGGGUUCGUUUUCGUUCCUGGUGCUUGUGUGCGUGGACCGUGUCAGAUUUUAUUUUCAGUAUCCUCAUGUUACAAAACUGGACGAGGUUUCGGCACCAAUGAUGACGUUUCCGGCCGUUACAUUCUGCAACCUGAACGCUUUCCGCUUCGGCCGUGUCACGCGCAACGACCUGUACCACGCGGGCGAGCUGCUCGCGCUGUUAAACGGCAGGUAUGAGAUCCGGGACACACAUCUGGUGGAGGAGAGCGUUCUGAUGACGCUGAAGGAUAAGGCGGACUUCUCCAACUUCAAGCCUCGCCCCUUUAACAUGCGUGAAUUCUACGACCGAACGGGUCACGACAUUAAAGAAAUGCUGCUGUCGUGCUACUAUAGAGGAGCCGAAUGCAGUGCAGAAGACUUCAGUGUGAUUUUCACCCGCUAUGGAAAAUGCUACACUUUCAACUCUGGUCAGGACGGACGGCCACUGCUGAUCACGAUGAAGGGAGGAAUGGGCAACGGCCUGGAAUUAAUGCUAGAUAUCCAGCAGGACGAGUACCUGCCUGUGUGGGGAGAGACCGAUGAGACAUCUUUCGAGGCGGGAAUCAAAGUUCAGAUCCACACGCAGGACGAGCCGCCAUUCAUCGAUCAACUGGGGUUUGGAGUGGCUCCAGGCUUCCAAACGUUUGUGUCCUGUCAGGAACAGCGGUUGACGUAUCUUCCUCCGCCAUGGGGCGAUUGUAAGUCGACACCCAUGGACUCUGAUUUCUUCAGCACGUACAGUAUCACGGCCUGCCGCAUCGACUGCGAGACACGUUAUCUGGUGGAAAACUGCAACUGUCGCAUGGUGCACAUGCCCGGAGAUGCUCCGUACUGCACUCCAGAACAGUAUAAGGAAUGUGCUGAUCCAGCUCUAGAUUUUCUAGUGGAGAGAGACAAUGACUACUGCGUGUGCGAGACGCCCUGCAACACAACACGUUAUGGAAAAGAGCUGUCCUUCGUCAAGAUCCCUAGCAAAGCAUCCGCCAAAUACCUCGCCAAGAAGUACAACAAGUCGGAGCAGUACAUCGCAGAUAACAUCAUGGUCCUGGACAUUUUCUUUGAAGCUUUGAACUAUGAGACCAUUGAGCAGAAGAAAGCAUAUGAGAUAGCUGGACUUCUGGGUGAUAUUGGUGGACAGAUGGGACUGUUCAUUGGCGCCAGUAUCUUAACAAUCCUGGAGCUCUUCGACUAUCUCUAUGAGGUGAUCAAGUUCAAACUCUGCCACUGUGCUAAGAAGAAACAUCAGCGGAGUAACAAUAACGAGCGAGGAGCCGUUCUCAGUCUGGACGAUGUGAAACGUCACGCAACAAUGAGCGUAGUAUACUACCAAGCUACUCCCAAUGUUUCUGCAGCCCCCUGUGACAACCUUCGUACCCCGUCAACCUACCCAGCUAACAUGCUACCUCACCAUCCCGGCCAGGGCAACUUCGAAGAUUUUACCUGCUGAAAAAACGACCAAAGCAGACCACAUUAUAACCACGAAAAUUACAAAAACCUUCCAAUGGAUCUUCAACAGACAGGAGAACCACAAGAACAACAUGGAACCAGUCACAAAAAAAACAGUAUAUUUUCACAAACACGUUACGUGGAAACGUACAAAAAUUUUGAUGAUUUUCUGAACACUCAAAGGAAGUACUGCCUCCGAAACAAAACUCCUAGAAGCCUCGUCAGCAUGGAGCGUUCUCCUAAAGGAGCCUGAUGCCUUUUGUGUACAUAGUGACGAAACUGUCUUAAGAUGAGUGGCUUAUGUAGGUCAGUAGAUAAAUAUAACGCUUAUUCACUGUAUGUAGCCUCAUUAGUCUCCUGAAUUCUGAUUGGACCAAUCCAGCCUCUAUGUAUUUUAUGAGAAUGUAAUUUUCCCGGACAAGGCAACCGUUAUUUACGUCUUCAGGGAAGUUUGGGUCCCAUAUGACGUUGCGUUUAGCUGUGUGGUCAUGCCAUGCGCAUUCCAUCUUGUAAAUGCAUGCUGGUCCUUUGCAUGUUUUUAGUUUAAUUUAGACUUCAUUAUUAUUAUCGCCAAGUUUCCAUUAAUUAUGUACAGGUGUUGGACGAUGGUAAUCAUGUUUGUGUGUGUGUGCGAGCAGAUUUCGCUGUCCUUGUAGAAACGAAAUUCCUGAAAAUCUCCCAACAAGAAUAGCAAGGUGACAAAACCGCCUGGAAAAAAUGUAAAAUGGUUCACAAGAGAGUAAAUAAUGUCCUUAAAUUAUAUCUACAAAUGCCAAAAGGUGUGUUUAGAGUCAGGUAGUAUUAUAAUCUGGAGUAAUUAGCAUAUUUUACAAACAAUAAAUGCAAUUGGAAAGUCCACACAACGAUACCUCCCAAAAGUAUUUGGACACUUAAGUCACAUUUAAAUAUUUCUAAAUAUCACUGCAUUAUAUAACAAAAUAUCAGUGCAAGUGAUGUUUAUUUUCCAAAGAAAGAAACGGUCAUGCACUAAUCGGCUGAUAUUGACCAUUGUGGCGAGUCUCACUAUUUUUUUCAGCGCCUUGCGCAGGAACGCUACAUUUUUGCUAUUUCAAGAACGUGGUCAAUCUAAAUGGCCGCUAACUUUAAACGCUAAUUUAAAUGUUUUGCUUGAAAAGUGAUCUUUAUUUCAAAUAAAUUACACUUGUUUUGAUAUUCUGUAUCUAUUGCAAUGACAUUUAGACAUUUUUAAUGUUAAUUAAGUGUCUAAAUACUUUUGGGUUCACUGUAUGAAUAAAUGAUUGUGUGCAAGUGAGUGUUUGCACAAAAAUCACUGAAUGUGUGCCUGAACAAUACAAAUUUGUGCGUUUGUGUGUCUUCUCAAAAGUGCUGUGUGUGAGUGUCUAUGUGUUAUACUUUAAAUUUUAUUCUGUUAAUGAAAAGUGAACUGUGUGUGUUGAACCAUUUUUUUUUAUUUCAACUGUGUAAAUGCCGAAACGUAUUUGUUGAUGUCACAAACGUCAUAUCAAAGCACAAACGAGACCACCGAUAUGUAAAGGUGAGGUUAAAGAAUGAUAAAUAUACUUAUCAGUGUUAUAAUCAUGAUAAUCUGCUGAUUCAUUAUUCUGUUAAUCUUUUUUACUACCAACAUACAUAUUGCCUGAUAGUCCAGUCGGCAUAUUUGCAGGUAAUCGGCUGUUCUAUAUAUCUAAGAAGGUACA